AAAAGCAUAUCCAACAAGAGCAUACCCAAUAAGAGCAUAUCAAAUGAGAGCAUACCCAAUAAGAGCAUACCCAAUGAGAGCAUACCCAAUAAGAGCAUACCCAAUGAGAGCACACUCAACAAGAGCAUACCCAAUGAGAGCACACUCAACGAGAGCAUACCUAAUGAGAGCACACUCAAUGAGAGCACACCUAACAAGAGCACAUUCAACAAGAGCACAUCCAAUAGAAGCAUAUACAAUAGUAGCGUACCCAAUAGGAGCACACCUAAUUCAAGCACACACAAUGGGAGCAUAUAUGACAGAAGCACACACAAUAAGAGCAUAUACAAUAAAAGCAUACAAAAUGAGAGCACAUAUAAUAGGUAA